AUGGCAUCGAUCGAAGACGACGACGAGACCCCACAGCUUUCAGGCGAUGCUCUUGCCGCCCUAAAGGAAUUUUAUGGCGAGCGGGACGCACGACAAAAACAGUUUGAACAACUGAAAGGCCAAGCCGAAGAUGACUUCGAGGGGAAAUUAUCCAUGGAUGCGUUCACCGAAGACUGGAAUGCAAGUCAGUUCUGGUACAGCGACGAAACUGCCAUGUUGCUCGCGCGGCAACUUCUGGAGGGUGCGACAGACGAGACAAGGAUAGCGGUUGUGUCUGCUCCGAGUGCUUUCAUCCAAUUGAAGAAUCUACUGAACUCAGGUGAAGUCAAGUGUCGUCCACAGAUCAAGUUGUUGGAGUUCGACGAACGCUUCGCCGUCUUCAAGGAGUUUGUGCGCUACGACUUCGAGAAGGCCAUCCAACUGCCGGCUGAGAUGAAGGCUUCAUUUGACGUAAUCAUUUGUGAUCCACCAUUUCUAAGCCAAGACUGUCAAACAAAAGCUGCGUUGACUGUACGAUGGCUCGCCAAGUCCUGGUCGCAAGACUCUCUCCGUCUGAUUGUGUGCACUGGAGAGCGUAUGGAGAGCUUGAUCACAGACAAACUAUAUGGGAAAAUAGGAACUAAGACGACGAACUACGAGAUCAAGCACGCGAAAGGCGAGAUCCCUUCGAUGAAGAUCUUCGAGAGCGAGAAGACACUUGCUUUCCUUGACAUCGGCCCAUUGAGCAAGGGCCAUUCGCUAAUCAUCCCCAAACAUCAUGGCGCAAAGCUUCACGACAUACCCGACGACCAACUGGCCGAAGUCCUAUCCGUCACGAAGCGCAUUGCCAUCGCUCAAAACAUCCAAGACUAUAACAUUCUUCAAAACAACGGAAGGAUUGCGCAUCAAGUUGUGGAUCAUGUACAUUUUCACCUCAUUCCCAAGCCAAAUGAGCAAGAAGGGCUGGGUAUUGGCUGGCCAACCAAGGAGGCGGACAAGGGCGAGCUAAGCAAGCUACUGGAGGAGAUCAAGAGUAAGAUGUAG